GGAUCCGAGCCCGCGCCGCCGCCGCCGCCGCCGCCGCCGCCGCCGCCGCGCCCCCCGCGGGAGAUGGAACAGCGGAACCAGCUCGGCGCCGUCGGAUACCUGCCGCCGCUGCUGCUGCUCUUCGUGGCCGAUGCUACCUUUACCGAAGUCCCCAAAGAUGUGACCGUGCGGGAGGGAGACGACAUCGAAAUGCCCUGCGCAUUCCGGGCCAGCGGAGCUGCCUCGUACGCGCUGGAGAUCCAGUGGUGGUACCUCAGGGAGCCGCCGCGGGAGCGGCUGCAGGGCCUGGCGCUCGGUGCGCCCGGUGCCCGGAGCAAGGUAACGAAUAAGGAUGCAACUAAAAUCAGCACCGUGCGUGUCCAGGGCAACGACAUCUCGCACCGGCUGCGGCUCUCGGCGGUGCGGCGGCAGGACGAGGGCGUAUACGAGUGCCGCGUGUCGGACCACGGCGACGACGACACGCAGGAGCACACGGCCCAGGCGCUGCUGCGCGUGCUCUCGCGCUUCGCGCCGCCCAACAUGCAGGCCGCGGAGGCUGUGUCCCACAUCCAGAGCAGCGGCCCGCGGCGCCACGGCCCCGCUGCCGCCUCCAUCGCCAACCACGUGGGCGCUACCGGCGCCGCGGGCCACACCACCUCCGAGCCCAGCCACGGCGACAAGAGCCCGCCUCCCGGGAGCCCUCCUGCCGCUGCGGCGUCUGUGGCCCGCACAGCCGCCGCUGCGGCCGCCGCUGCCGCCACCGCCACCACCGCGGGCGCUGGAGCCGCUGCUUCAUCUGCGCCGCCGCCCCCGGGCCAGGCGGUCCUUCUGCGGCAGAGGCAUGGCUCCGGCACUGGCCACACCUACACAGCGGACCCACUCCUGUCCCUGCUCCUGCUGGCCCUGCAUAAGCUCCUCGGCCUGCUGGCGGGGCACUGACCGGCACCGCGUCGGGGUCCUGCGCUCCCCCGUGCAGCCACCCUGCUGGCCCGCCCCCGGGGGGCGGGGAGGACCGCCUCACCAAUGGACACACAGAGACAGAGAAGAGCAUGACAAAGCCCAUGCGGGAAACGAACCCGUUGUACUGGGGGGAGGUCACGCCGCCGUCGAGCGCCUGAAGUAACAUGCCCACUUUCGGCAGGAGGCGGCGGCCGGCCCGGGCCGGGCGCCUGGGGCUGGCCGGUCCCUGCCUCCCGGCAUUUUCUUUUCUCCACGUCGCCCCCCGGCCUUCAUGUGCACGACCCCCCGAGCCGCUGCCUCCAGGACAGGACGCGGAAAACGCCGGCUCCCCACCUUCCUGACAAAGCAAAAUAUUUUCAGUAGAUUGCUGUGUUUAGGGACUUGUUUUCAUUUACUUUUUUCUUCGGGGGCUUACCUUUUUUAUUGAAGUAAAUUAUUUCUUUUGAGACAUUUUGAUUGAAAAAAGAAACAUCGUAUCAUUAAUUAAAAUUCACUGUCGAUAAUAUUUAUUUUUAAAUAUACAUCGGAAACAAGUCCCAACGCUUGUUUCUACACGGUAUUGUAUA